GUACCGGUAAGUGAUAUUGAUGUUUGUUUUUUCGAUCCUCUGCUCUAUACUUUGAAGAUGAUGUUGCAGUAAUUGGCCAAUUAUACCUAGGUGGAUAUCAGAAGAGGAAAUGUGAUUUGCUAGGUUUGAAGUCAUCAGUUCCAAGUCCAGUGAAAGUGGCAAGUAUCAGUCACAUUUGUGUCCCUUAACAGUCGCAUUUGUGUUAAGGGAAAAGCAACCGAACUGAAGUGAGGAACGUAAAGCAAACAAUUAGAGAAAUGGGUUCAUAACUUCAUAAAAACUUUUAAGUUUUUGAACUUCUGUCACUUUCCAGGAAGUGUUCUAAGAAUACUUGGAUUGCUGUUUGUCAGUCUGUCAUGUGCUCCAGUGCAAAGUCCUUGUGGAAAAAGCAAAUAGAAGACUCUUCGAGGACAGAGUGAUCACUCUUUACUUUGCUUUUCAGAGAAAAUAAUUAAUCAAAAUUUUUCUCGAAACCAUCUUGGCGGAUCAAUUUUCAGAAUGGCUUCUCCUACACUUGAUCUACUGUGCUGCUCAUUCUUUGGCAUUGCCAGUGAAACAAAUAUGUCUGACAUAGAGCCAGUGGAGAACUAUAACAUGACUGUCUUAGUGCCUGCCGAAAACAAGUAUCUUAGUAGAAUUAAAACGUACUUCUACCUGUACAACUCAACCGUUGUUGUAAUGUCUGCUAUUAGUGUGUUAGGAAGCUUGUACAUGCUGUUCCCACGGAGGAGAGAUACAACUAACCUUGAGAGUGCUAUCAGACCUGGGUUGAUGGAGAUAAGACAGAAAUGGAUUCUCUUCUGGUUGUCUUUUGCAGAUAUCAUGGCUUGUCUUGGUCUGAUAGUACUAGCUAGUGAAUCCCUCCAUAUUUUGGUUGUGUCUGAUGAGAGUUUAACAAAUAAAUUAACAAGCAAUACAUGGAAAUGGCUCUGUACCCUAGCAACGGCGUGGAUUCACUUUUUCUUCUUUGCAACGUAUGUCUGGAUAACAUGUUAUGCUAUUGAUGUCUUUCUCUUCCUUCAGAAAAAAACAUUGAAACAUGCACUGAGAUUUUACUUUGUCAUCAGUUGGUUGCUUCCUAUUGCCUUUCUUUCAUUUGGAUUAUGGGCUCUCCACGGAACAACAGAACCAGACUGGGCCUGUUCAGCAAAGAAAGGGGAUGAUAUUGAUAAGCUUCUCUUGGAGGCCUACUACUUAUGCUUGUUUGUACCUAUGGUGAUUGUCCUCAUUCUGAACCCUAUCAUAUAUAUUCUGGCAGUGAGGAAGGUAUCACCCUUGAUGAGACGAGGAGGAAUGUAUAGAGACCAGGAGAGGGAGGUUGAAAGACAAGUGAAGAGGAAAUUCCUCAAGAUUGUAAUUGUUCUAGAGAUUUGUUGGUUACCUAAUGUGGUUAACGGUAUCUUGCUAUUGUCUGUAAAAAACUUACCGGCACAUAUGAAAGGCUUCCCAUUCAUAUGGAUCCUCAUGGCAAUUCUCAACCCUAUGCAAGCCUUCUUGAACACCCUUGUAUACUGGGGACCAACAGGAUGUUCUUUCCUGAGUUUCUCUCCACGCAGAUCAGAGAGCGAUGAUUAUGUCUCGCCCUCAGAAAUCCUCCACUCUCAUCCUCCGUGGAAUGAUGCAGCUGUUCCCUCGGAUACAGAGACCACUCCCCUUAUGAGAGGGAGGGCUAGAGAUACUCUUAAUUGAAUUGAAAUGCUUUGACAUGAAUGCCACACAGGAUAAAGUUGCUGGCAAAUUAAUAUUUUAGUUCAGUUUAGUUCAUUUCAUUUCAUUCAAUCAUUUAAAAAUAAAGAUAUAUAUUUUGGAUGGGCUUAUGAAGCCUUGAGGGCAGGUAAGAAAGCUGUAUUUUAGAAAUAUAGCAAUGGUGGCAGUCUCAUAUUGCCUGAAAACAGUCUCCUGAUUGCUGAGAAGAACUCUUUUGAGGCAAAAGAAGGUUGCUUGCUACAUGUUAUAACUCCAAAAUCUAGCUUAUUCUGAGCUGUUAUCAAAAUAUUUAAAUUUGGAGAUACAAGAUUUUAUCAGCUCGGCAGCGAUAU